UUCGGUCUUUAGGGCUGAGCAGGAAGUGCCUGGCUGUGGACCCUGGACGAGAAAAAAAGAGCCAAGAAAAAAGGCAGAAGAAAUUAAAAAUGGAAAUGGUGGCAGACUUGGGGGCGAGUAGACUCUAUCGGGCGCCGGGUGAAUCAAGUCACCAGCAGCCUCAGAGGUGGUUCAACACCGCUGACAUCACAGUGGCUCACCAAAGCAGCCUGCUUAAGCAGCUCAACCAGCAGCGCCGCCAGGAGCUGUUCUGUGACUGCAGCGUGCUGGUGGAGGGCCAGCUCUUCAGAGCCCACCGCAACGUCCUGUUCGCCAGCAGCGGCUACUUCCGCAUGCUGCUGUCCCAGGGCCCCGGCGUGCUGUCUGAUUCCGUCAACGCCACCUUUGAUGUCUUCAGCCCCGAGACCUUCACCGUCAUCCUGGAUUUCAUCUACUCAGGCCAGUUGGACCUCUCCAGUCACAAUGUGAUUGAGGUGAUGUCCGCAGCCAGCUACUUGCAGAUGAACAAUGUCAUCAACUACUGCAAGAACUUCAUCAAGUCGUCCUUGGACAUCAGUGUGAAGGAUGAAGACAGCGAGCGCUGCCUCAGCUUGUCUGAGACCUGCAGUUUCACCAGCGGAGCGGGAGAAGAGACCACAGAGCAGCAGCAGCAAUGCCCCAGCUCUGUCAGCCCACCACCAGCCCUCUGGACCCGGGACAACUCCAGAUCCCAGUCUAGCUUUAUGGGGAAGGACCCAGAGCAGGAGUCAUCAGCCUCUGUUCUAAAGACUAACCCAAGCAGCCCUGCUGAUGAUCUCAACACAGAGGUAGACGAUCUGCACGACCCUCAGGACCCUCUGUACACCUUGCCUGGAUCGGAGCGCCGGCGAAGCAGAGGGGCAGCUAAGAGGAGAGCAUCCAACAACACACGCUCCCACCACCCUGAAGAUUUAGACAUUCAGGAGGCGAGGACACAAAAGGCUGAAAAGGCAGAGGAGCUGUAUGCCACUCUUCCACCUAUUGUGGGUGUUAUUGGACACUUUAAUAAAGACUCCAACCCCAUUAUGCGCUUCAAAUGUCCCUUUUGCACACAUACGGUGAAGAGGAAGGCAGACUUGAAGCGUCACUUGCGCUGCCACACUGGAGAGAGGCCAUACCCCUGUCAGGCCUGCAAUAAACGCUUUACUCGCCUGGAGCAUCUUCGUAGCCAUUUUGAGACGAUCCAUCAAGCCAGGAAGCUGGUGUGCAGGAAGUGUAAGUGUCAGGUGACAGAGGAGACCGGGCAUGUGGUGUGUGAGGGCACACGACGCUACCGCAUGUGCACUGCAUGCAUCCAGGAAGUGGAUUGUGAUGACAUCCCCAUGGACAGUAUAGAUGGCGCCAAUGAGGAACCGGCUCUGUUACUGGGGGUGGACGGGGAGGAGGAGGGGGACAGCAAGAGGAGCUGGAUGGUAACCGAUGAUGAUGACCUGGCUGAAGACUCGGGGGCCGACCUCAUCAUCCAACAGGUGGACGACAGUGACGAAGAGCUGCAGUGAAAUGGAACCAAAGUGUGUGUGUGUGUGUGUGUGUGUGUGUGUGUGUGUGUGUGUGUGUCUGAAGAAGCAUAAUACGAGUAUUGACUGUGUUUGAGUGUGUGUGUGUGUGUGUGUGUGUGUGUGUGUGUGUGUGUGUGUGUGUGUG